AUGUCCCAAGGCAUGACCAAGAGACCCCCGGAUUCUACAGACUUGCCCAGAGGCAAGCAAUCCGUUUCUCGCAUCGUUGCUCAAUUGGAUGAGCGCUUCAAUCACCUCUGCGACACUAUUCUCCCUCUACAACCCUACCUACUCUCCGUUCCCUCCGACGUUCCCUACCGUCACAGCUCGCGUUUUGUCAAUACGUGGUACGAGGGCACCCCAUUCGAUCGCAAAGAAGAGCAGCUCCAAUACCUCAGCUUUCUUCCGCAUUCGGGUGAACACGAGGCUUUGUUGAAGGUCGAGGGCGGGUGGGCCGACGACCACGGGAAUCCCAUUGCCGAAGAAGAACUCUCUCCAAAGGCCCUUCCAGCAAGUGGCCGUCAUACCCCAGCCGACGCAAGUAAUCGCAAGAAAAUCAGCCUGAAGGACUACAGGACCAAGGCAAAAAGUCCACCGCAGGCUGCACCCGAAUCUCAACCUCCUCAGAAAGUCGAGACCCCGGCCAACGGACCCUUGAGCCUAGAAAAGACAAAGCACGGUUCACAAUCCUUGCUGGAGAAGAAGGAGGAGAAAUCGCCGGCUCCAACAGAAAGUAACGGAGUCAAGGAUCACCAGCAACAAGUCGCACGAAUGGACGGCCAUAAUUCCCCAAACAUGGCGCCCAAGGCGCAUCAGACCGACUCGCCGAAUCCGGCUAAACGACGAAAGCUGUCUCCUGCGAUUGAAGAUCCUAAACCUGUCGCGCAAUCUUCAAAAGUUGAAUCCCAGUCUUCCACCAUGAGAAUGCCCAGGUUACUCUCCCCCACUCUACCAUCACCUGAGAAGGAGAACGGCCUACCACAGCUAUUGUCUCCAGUCCUGCCUCCGUCACUUGCAAAAGCUCUGUCAACGCCCCCAAACACCGCAUCAAUUGGAAGCCCUACCAGUGGUGUGCCCAAACGAUCAGACCCCGUGCGCUCGAUCCUCGCUGGUGCCGACCUUGACAGCGAUCCUCCGGGCGAUCGAAGCGGAUUUGCCCCUGGCGGGAGUAGAGCUCGCUCAGACAGUCAGCACUCAGCCAGGAGUAGUGCUCCAGGGACUCCGAAUGCGGCCAAGGGGGCUCUUGGAGCGAAGCUGCUGGCGAAGAAUGGCAUCAGAGCUGGGACACCCCUCCACAAUGGUAUUCGGGCCAGUCCUGGUCCUCGACAAAGACAUACAAUCAUUCUGAAAUACGGCAAAAAGAAUAGGAAGAGAGUGGAAGCGCUCCUCAAGUUCGCGCCGCGGCCGAAGAAAGACCUGCUUAAACAAGAGGCGCAAGAAUCCCCAAACAUCUCUGACGCACAUGCAAGGAAGGAGACCACCAAAAAGAACCAUGUCGAACCUCAGCCUACUGCUGAGUCUAAGCCGAAACCACCCAUCAUCGAUGAUAUCAAGCUAGAGAAGAAGAGAAAGGCGGAAGACAGCAGUCCUGGACCAUCGCUGAAGAAGGCCAAAGCUGUUGAGAUAGAGAAACGACCUGUUACCCCGGCUCCCCCGACUGGUAAGAUGUCUAUGGUAUCUCAGUCAAAAUCAACAUUAUCCACCCCCAAGAAGGAAGUGAAACCUACGCUGAUGAGACGGGUGGAGUCGUCGGACGGUGCUGAUGCCCCGACUCCCUCUGGGGACAAAGCGAGGGUGUCAACGCCACAGACGGUGCCGAAACCAUCUCCCCAGCCUCCAACUAGCUCUAAUUCUUCUCGGGAAGGGGAUCGGCAAAAGUGGUCCAGCAUCAACUCCAAGUUCUUUGCACUGGGCCGUUCUCUCAAGCACGAAGGAGCGGCUCUGCUACCUCCUCCUGACAGUGACGCAAAGCCUUCCCAGUCCGCUAAAGCGGUGCUGAUACUGAUUGAGGCGCUAUUGUGCUUCAUGAUCAACAUCUCGGCUCAAUCCCACGCCCGACCAAGUAUCGACCCAGGCUGGAGAUCGAUCAUCCCAUAUCACAUCUCCGUGUUUCGAGCGUCGAGGAAGUUUCCACAUCUCCACGGUCUUGUUGUUCAACUUGGAGCGGUAUGUCGGCAGGUUAUUCACAAGUAUGACGUGGAUAAAUUGGCGCGGGAUCCUUUACCUGACGACUAUUGCAACUCUGCACCUACCCCCGGCAGUGAUGGUAAUACCAAGACAAAUGAGGAUGGAGAAAAGUACAAGAAGCGAUACGUGGAGUUCCGGGAUGAGUUGAUCCAGAACGCCCGUGAACUGCAGACUGCCUGGUUGGAUGGGUCACGCCAACUGUCGCCUGAUCUCCUAAAACGCGAGUAUCCCGUUACUUGGUCGAAGCGGGCCAAAGAUUCGAGCGCGAGGCUCCGAGAAAAAUUGACGCCGUCGAGGAUCCCGCAAGAUUUCUACCUGCCAAUGGAUGCAAACACUACAGCAUUCGAAGCAGCGAGAUUCGGUACGUCUUUUCUUCGGGAAUGGGCGGAGAAAGAGAAGAUUGAAUGGAAGACGAGGAUUGAUCUAUGA